AUGGAUCUCCAGGACCAGCGAGAGAUCGCCGACGCGCUGCUGUCCACGAAGGGGGACGUGGUGAAGCGCCAGCAGGCAGCUCUCAGGCGCUUGCAGACCCUCAUCAGCGGUGGCGUGUAUCCCGGCCAGCUGCUGACCCUGGUGGCGCAGGUCGUGUGCUCGUCCCAGGUGCCCGACCUGCGCCGGGAGGCGGCCCAGGCGCUGGGCGGGGCGCUCGGCAGCCCGCAGGUGCGGGAGAGGUGCUCCGCGUUCGGAGAGCUGCUCUCCACGCUCUGGGGCGCCAUCGGAGAGGCCGCCCUGUGCCUCAAGUCCGAGAGACGGCUGGCCCCAUCUGUGCCAGGACGCGGCCACGGUGCUCAUGUCGGUCGACCCCGACGCACUCGUCCGCCGCGCGACGGAGCACCGGGUGCCCACGGUGCGGCCGCUCGUGUUGCAGGCGCUGGGCGAGCUGGCGGUGCGGGCCUGGCCGUUCGCCGCCGCAG